CCUCAGCCUUCCCUCAGUAAUGCGCGGCACCGCCGUAACGCUCCGCCCCGGGCAAUCCCCAGCCGUCCGAUCAACAUCCAACGCCGUAGACUCCCUCACCCUCCACCGACGACCACUCCUCCAUCCCCGCCUCCACCUCCGGCGAUCGCCGGAACCCUCGCAGCCGUCCAUCCGCCGCCGCCCCAUGCCUCCUCUAACUGCUUCCGCCACCAACGCCGCCAGCGGCGCCGGCUCCUUCACCGAGCUGGCCUCUGCCGCCGACUUCGCCGCCAUCGCCUCUCCUGGCGGCCGCAUCUCCGUCGUCGGCUUCGGCUCGCUUCUCUCCGAGCGGAGUGCGAGGAGCACCUUCCCCGAGCUGGAGGGGUUCCGUGUGGCGGCGCUGCGCGGGUUCCGCCGCGUCUUCGCCCAUGCCGCCCCCAUCUUCUUCGAACGCGGCAUCGCCAUCGAGGCAACCAAGGAGUUCUCAAGCUUAAGCGUGGAGCAAUGUGAGGGAGAAAUGAUAGUUGUCACUGUGUUUGAAAUCAAGGAGGAGGAGGUGCCAGCAUUCAUCGAGAGAGAGACCGAGUUCAGAUUUCUUGCGGUGGUUCCUGAAGGAUUGGAUGGAGUGCCUUUUCCAAAUCCAGCAGUUGUCUGUGCACGCUAUAGCGAUGAAGAAUAUUUCCUAGUGAGAUGCAAAGGAAGCAAGGAGAUAUAUAAUCAGCACUAUGGACGCUACAACAUUGAUAAAAUAUGGAGGGAUGAUAUAUUGCCCUGUCGUCUAUAUCUAAGGCAUUGCGUUCUUGCUGCCAAAAAUCUUGGAGAACCGGCAUAUGGCAACUUCUUAGACCACACCUAUCUGGGUGACCGGAAAACCACGAUCAGGGAAUACUUGGCCACGGCUGGAGCUGGCAUCAUGGAAGAGGAGCCUCCAGAGUCCCUAAAAAGCCGAUAUGGUGGCUGAAUCGACAGUUACAGCCACCAUGGAUUGUAAUUCUCACCUUAGUGCUGCCUACCGAAUCAACAGUCAAUAUGAACGGUGACGUGCCAAAUAAUGCAUGAUGCUUCAGUCCGAAAGAUCUAAGAUUCUGAUUUUCGGCGCACUUAUUGGGCGCCGAACGUGCGGUAUACUGCCCCGUCUGUCUGUGAUUGAUGUACACCCAUAAUAAUUGUGACUGUUUCCCAUCAUAACAGAGACUGAUGCCCACACGCACAGAAAUGAGGACAAAAUACAUUUUUUUUUCUCCGGUCUA